CUUAUACAGAGCUCUGACAACCUCAGACCUUACUGGAACCUCUGGUCGUGUAGUUUCUUCGCUCUUUGGUACAUAGAUGGGAUAUACAAACAUCCAUGAGUUUCUGAUUCCAAAGCAACAUUGAUAUUGGGUGUAUGUUGUGGUACCAUCUAUAGAUGAUUGUGUGCUGAUGAGAUUACCAGGCUUCCCCAUGGAUGGAACCGUGCAUAUGUGGCUGCUGGCAGGGUUCAUCCAGGUGGUCAGUCUCUUGUGUGUGCAGUGGUCAGAUCCUGCGGUCGUGGUUGUUGAGGUUGUGUUUGGCCACUUCCCCACCAGUCAGGAUCCAGACUGGUACACCGUCUCCUACCAGAUUGCACACAACCUCACGGUGUGGCUGGAUCCGAUUGGCCGCUCUGAGUGUUCUCCUGACUGCAGGCUGUUUCUGCAAUUGGCUAAGGAGCCAGGAGGAAGUGACAUCACGCUGAACGCUAUAAAAAACAAUACCACACUAAAGACUAAGACCUUUCAUAUCGCUCCUGUCCCCCUCUCCUCUCUCCGUGUCGAGGUGACCACCACCAGCACUCUCCUGACCUGCAGCCUACAGAACAGACAGAGCCUCACUGCUCUCAGUCUACACAACAUGCACAUCGAACACACACACACUGAAUACACACACACUGAACAGACACACUCUGACCACACACACACCUCUUCGUACGUAGUGAGAGGUCUGCAGCCUGGAGCAAACUACAGCAUCACAGCAGAGUUGACCACACUUCUCACACACCUCAACAUCAGCCUCACCCAGAGACUACACACCACCAUGGAGACAGCCCAGUGUCCUAUUGGUUGGCUGGCGAGUGGAAGGAGCUGCCACAGUGUGAGUAGGCGGAGCCUGUCGUGGGGCGAUGCCCAGCAAACCUGUAUAGGCAUGGCUUCAGGAGGACACCUGGUGGAUGUUAAAACAGAGAGAGACCUCCUCCUCCUCUCCUCUCACCUGACUACACACAACAACCUACUACUGCUCUGGACCGCUCUCAACGACAGACUGGAUGAGGGGCUGCCCCGCUGGUCUGAUGGCUCCUCCUACAACCUGACGAGUGCUAUGACAUCAUCAUCACUGCCAGCCAAUCAGACGGACUGUUUUGCUCUACAGAGGAACGCUACUGGACGAGGCUACUUCCUGACUUCGUUCUUUUGUCACAUUCCUUUACCCUAUAUCUGUCACUGGGAAAUCCCUCUCCUCCCUCCUUUAUUCAACUUUCACCUGGUGGAGGUAACAGAGAGAGAUGCAGAGCUUCACUGGAGUGACCUCACAUUCGUAAACUCCUCUCACCCUGCCCCCCAGCUCUAUGUCCAAUACCAAGAAAAGGAGGAAAAACAUGGGGAAGAGAAGGAGAGGAGGACUGCAGGUCGAGUCCCAGUGUCUCUAUUCUCCAGAGGGCUGAAAGUGCCAGGCCUGUACCCAGGCAAGGUCUACUCUCUGUCCCUCAGAGCCUCCCACCUUACUGGGGCCGCAUGGAGCCUGGGGAGCGCGCAGACUUGUCACACACGGCCCCUUCCCCCUCGAAACAUCACCAUUAGCAAUGUGACAGCCAGUCAGAUCACAGUAAGCUGGACAGCCCCAGACUCCCAGCAUGCUGUGCGGUGGAACUUUCUGGUUCGCUGGGAGGGUGUAGCCUCAGGCCAGGAGACGAGAAUGGUUGUGGCUAGCAGCGCCAGGUCCGCUGUGAUUGCAGGACUGGAGGGGUUCAGGAAGUACAAGGUCAAAGUUGACUCCGUCACAGAACACGGUGUGGAGAGCUGUGGAGGGGAGGAACUGACCCUAUACACUGCGGUGAGCCCCCCAGGUGGUGUGGUUGUGUCUAGCAGAGGGGAGAAUCUGACAGCGUGCUGGUCCGCCCCGUCAGGUGAAAGCCCUGAUGGGUACUAUGUUAGGCUACGCCCCGUCAGCCAGGCCCGCCCCAUGGAACUGUGGGUAAAUGAGUCCAGGUGUGUGUUCCUGGCCAUAUUCAGUCCAGGGCAGAACUACGAGGUGGGUGUGGCUUCAGUGAGAGGAGAGAACAUGAGCCAAGAGAUCAACACCACAUACAGAACAGAGCCUGGGCCCGUGCAGGCAGCUGUCCCUCUCUCGGUAGGAAGCAGUUCUGUGGUUCUGUAUGUCCAGAGACCAGUACUGGGUGUGUGUGAUGGAGUGAGGGUGUGUGUGUGUAAGGGAGUGUGUGAGGGUGUGUGUGUGUGUAAGGGUGUGUGCGAUUGGUGGCCAUUCCCCCCAGGUAAGCACACAGUAACAGUUGGCAGCCUGACUCCAGGAGAGGAGUACCAUCUCAGUGUCUACAGCACCAGCCGACACAGGACCGGACCAGCAUACCAAACACACACACUCAGGACACGCCUGGCCUCUCCCAGUACUGUGAGAGAGGGCUCAGUAACAGAGUCGUCAGUAGAGAUGCUGUGGGAUCCAGCCUCUGGACACGGACACAACUAUGAAGUCAUCUGUCUCAACUGUCACCACACACUCAUGGUCCAGAAGGUGUGUGUUCCGAGGGCAGUGUUCUCUGGGUUGCUACCAGGCAGGCUGUACCACUUCUCUCUGAGGACGGAGAAAGAGUCCUUCACAGACAGCCCCCCUGUCACACUCAGCAUCACUACAGCUCCCAGUCCAGUGAUGGUAUCAGUCCUCAGUAGGACCACAUCGUCUGUGACAGUUGGCUGGACCCAGGCCAGGGAUGUUGUCAAAGGCUUCAUCCUGUCAAUCAUAAACCAAACCUCCAAUCAGCAGCUGAAACUCUCAGCCCAGGAGCCAUGGUCUUACAGGUUUGAGGACCUUUCCCCAGGAAGCUAUUACACAGUAUGUGUUAUCAGCAGCAAUGGAGAGAGGAGGAGUACACCGGCUUCUGUAGACUUCAACACCAUCCCAGGAGCCCCACAGGAAGUGCUGCUGGUCGAAGAGGAUGUGACCUCAUCAGUGUUUGUGAGCUGGGGAGCCCCAGCAGGGGGCGUGGAGGGGUACAAGCUGCUGUUGUGUCUGUCUGGGGACAAGUCAUCAUGUCGUGAGAUGGGGGUUCAUAGCAACAGUCUCCAGGUAGGAGGUUUGACCCCAGGAUCAGAUUAUGACAUCACCGUCCUGAGCCUGCUGGUAUCAGACUUCAGCCAGCCUGUCACUACACAGUUCUCCACACGUCCGGCCGGUGUGUGUUCCCUCUCUCUGCUCUAUGUUAACUCUUCCUGUGCCGUGGUGAGGUGGGACGCUGCCAUUGGCCAGUUUGACUUCCACAGGGUAACUGUUCGAAAUGGCUCGCAAGCACAUACGAUAGAGGUCUCCAAGGAGAGGCAGGUUGCUACAGUAACUGGGUUGAGGGAUGGCUGUAUGUACAACAUGAGCGUGGAGCGCAUUAGACGAGGAGAGGCAGGGACAGCUGCCUCCCUGACUGUUACCACAGUGCCGGGCCGUGUGCGUGGUGUAAAUGUGGUUAGUGUGUCUGCUCAGAACUUCUCUAUGCGUUGGGAGCAGUCAGAGGGGUGUGUGGACCAGUACCUCGUCAGCCUGCUGCCCAACCAAGGAACUAUCUCUGUCUACCGCACAGUCGACAGACUCGUACAGGCUGACGUAUCCAGUCUGAGUCCUCGAACAGUGUUUACGGUCAUGGUGACCGCCGCCUCCUCCUCCAACCUCAGCCCACCGGUCAGCCGUAUAAUCAACACCAACAAGACCGCCCCAACAUCCCCUCCCACCAAUCUAGAGGGGGAGAGGGUGGGCUCCAAUGGGAUCCUUCUGUCUUGGACCAUGCCCUCUGACUCCCACGUCGACGGUUAUGUCAUCAGGUACAAAGAGGUGUGUCCAUAUCCAGACCCCACCUUCAAAGAGGUGACCAAACACCUGGACAUCCCUGAGACCCUUCUCAACCUCUUCUUACCAGGGUCUACCUAUAACAUCAAGGUUGCAGCAGAAAACUCUGCUGGUAUUGGACCCUAUAGCAAGUCUCUGUACAUCAAAACUGCUGAGGCUCCCCCAGGCCUGGUGACUAACCUGACAGCGUUUGCUGAGAACCACACGUUUGUAGUGGUCACCUGGCUCCUGCCACUCCGCAUCAACGGUCUGAUCACCAAGUUUGCGGUCAAAGCCAAACACGCUCGUACUGGUCAGACCGUCCGCAUACUGGAGCUGGAUGCUGAGGACAUCAUGACCGGAGCGCUACCACACUGCAACGAUGCAGCAGACAUUCUGUCUCGUGGGACCCCCAGUCCGUCAGAGGUGACAGCUCUGACAGCGUCCUCUCCUCCCGUCACCCUGUCAGCCGUCCCGCCCGCCGCCACCUGGGCCGUACCAAUAUCCGUAGGGGUGGACCAGCUGCGACCUUACACAGCAUACGUCUUCGAAGUGUCCGCUUUCACCUCCGACGGAGAGGGACAGGUCGCCUCCACCAUGGUCCGCAUGCCUGAGUCAGCCCCAGAGGACCCCCCCCACAACCUGUUGGUAUGGAACGUGACGUCUAAGUCGGUCUCUGUCUCCUGGGAUCCCCCAACCAUCGUUACCGGGCGUUUCAGCUAUGUUAUCUAUCUCUACGGCCCCACAGGGUUUAUCUAUGAGAACAGCACAUGGGACCUGAGGUUUGUGUACUCUGGUCUGACACCCUACGCACGCUACAGAGUGGCGGUGCGGGCCAAGUCUGCUGGCCAGCUGGGGCCUGAGGCCUUUACUGCUGUACUGACACCUGCUGAGGCUCCCAGUGCAGUGCAGGCUCUGCAGGCAGUAGCAGUAGACUCUGUGUCGGUGCGUGUGAGUUGGAGAAGUCCUGCCCAGCCCAACGGUCUGAUCACACAGUACAGACUCCUGGUUCUUUCUGACAACACACUGCUGCAGGACAUCACCCUCACUGGAACACAGGAUCUAAAUUACACUGAUCUCCUUGGUGAUGGAACGUUUGCUGCUGUUAUCCCUGACCACUCUCUCCGGCGUAAGAGAUCAGCUGACAGCCUGACCACCUCCCCACCUGCGUUCACGGUCACCCUCCCCGACCACACGCUCAUCACCGGCAUGACCAGGACUGCAAUCAGCCGCACACACAGCGCUCCAACCAGCCCUAAAACUAACUUUGAGCACAACAGCAACACUGACCCGACAGUCACUGAGGGCUCCAGUCUGGCCAGUAUGGCCCCUGGGACUGGCCAGACCUCUGACUUUCCAGACUCCACCCCUCUGACCUUUGACCAUGUGACUUCAGGGACCUCUUCCCUCUCCCUAACCACCUCACCCCCGGCCACACCCCUCCCCUGGCUCACUGCCCACCCACAGCCCGGCCAGCUCACCUCUGGCAAGCCCCACCUCUCUACCCGCUCUGCACCUGCAGCCACUGGACAAGGAGUGUAUGUGAGGGACAAGGUCAUGGACAUGCAGGCUAAGGAGCUGUCUUACCUAGUCUCUGGUCUCAGUCCCUUCACUGACUACACCUUCACUGUUACCGCGGCCACUACUAUUGGAGAGGGACCUGCAACACGCGUCACUGAGAAGACUCGCGAACAGGUUCCUAGCUCAGUGGUAGGAGUGUCCUAUCAGAAUGUUAGCUCCACCUCUAUCCUGGUCAGCUGGACUCUGCCCCUCAACCCCAAUGGACGAAUCACACACUACACUCUCUACGGACUCAACCUACACAGCAACCGGGCCCUGCAGAGAAUUACACACAACACCAGCAUACUGCUCACAGGGCUGGAGAAGUAUACAGGUUAUAAAUUGCGAGUGGCUGCAUCUACUGCUGUAGGAGAGAGCUCUCUGUCUGACCUAGACGAUAUUUUCGCUGUCACACCCGAGGAUGAACCUGACACCCCGCCUGUAGGGUUAACAGUGGUAGACACUUCUCCCUCCACCACCACCCUCUCUUGGUCGCCCCCGGAGAGAGCCAAUGGGGUGAUCCAACAGUAUGAGGUUCUGUACGAGAACCAAUCGUAUGUGGCAGUGUUGAACAGCUCUGUCCCCAGAGUGACUCUGACAGGGCUAAGGCCGUUUUCAUACUAUAAUGUCUCUGUCAGAGCAUACACACGCAUCGGACACGGGAACCACACCUCAGACACACUCACUAUGCUGUCUGGGGAGGACGUCCCGGGUAGUCCUUCCUACGGCCUGUCCUACGUGUCUGUCAGUUCCAAUGAGGUGAACGUGACAUGGGAGCACCCCCUGGUGCCCAACGGAGUUAUCACACACUACAGCCUUGAGCUGCGAAACUCCUCCCACUUCCUCAACCUGACCACACCCAUCAACCACGCCCAGAUCACACACCUGAGGAAGUUUGCGCAAUACACUCUGGUGGUGAAGGCACACACACGUAUUGGCUCCGGAAACCACAGCAGUGACCCUCUCAACAUUACCACUCUGGAGGACGUGCCCAGUGAUCCGGUCCACAACCUCAGUGCUCAGAUCUUCAGUUCUACGGCCAUCAUUGUAAGCUGGGACCCCCCUAUGGAACCCAACGGACGCCCCUUCUACCUGCUCACCCUGCAGGAGGGUGGACUCCCCCUUACCACUGAACCCCUGAACCCCCCUAAACCUAACAGCAACCCCCCCGGACCCGCUGUCAACAAUACCAUCACCAAGAUAACCAAUGACAACGUCUUCCUGUUUACCAAACUCAGGAAGUACUAUCCCUACGUCUUCACUGUUACCCCGGCAACCAGUGCCGGCCCCGCCCACAACCACACCAGCCUGCUGCACGUAAGGACCGAUGAUGAUAUCCCCAGUUCAGCUCCAGUGCUGGUGUCCAGUAGGAACCUGUCGUCCUCCUCAGUAUCUGUGGUGUGGCAGCGCCCCCUGGAGACCAACGGAGAGAUAACUGACUAUUCCCUCACCCUGUUCGGCCCUGGAGGCUCCAACACCACACACACCCCCAACACCACCCUCACACUCACACUGCUGCUGCCUUACACAGCCUACAACCUCUCUAUCACCGCAGCCACCCGCAAGGGCUCCGGACCCCCGCUACUACUGAUGCUGCACACAGACGAAGCAGGUCCGAUGUCUCCUCCCCGGAACCUGUCUCUGUAUAACCACACAGCCUUCUCUGUGUGGCUGACCUGGGAACCCUCUCUGGAACCCAACGGUGUGGUCACACACUACGGCUUCAGGAUCCUGGAGAACAACACAAACACACUCACUUACCAGAACUCUACAGGUCCGUGGACAGAAGGACAGCUGAGUGGGAUCCGGCCUCACAGCUCCUAUGAGAUCAGUGUGUUUAGCUACACCAGAGUGGGUCAUGGAGACCAGUACAGCACUCCUGUGUCCUUCACAACCAAUGAAUCAGUGUCGGAGGUGGUGGGUAACCUGUCCUGCUCUGGUCUGGGCUGGGACUCUGUGUUUCUACACUGGGAGCCUCCAGCCAACCCCAAUGGACUCAUCCUGUACUACCAGGUGGACACACGCUCACAGGCAUACAUACACCAGGCUUACACAAACCAGUAUACGGUCAGCGGGCUGGCGCCGGACGCAGAAUUCACACUCACCGUGACGGCUGUCAACUCUGCCGGCCCAGGAGACCAGAUCAACUGUACUGCCUACACACACCCCGAGUCAGUUCCUGGUGUCCCUCGCUUCCUGAGUGUGUCAGAGGCCACAGCCACCAGUGUAACGCUCCAAUGGGCUCCUCCCCUCUCUGCUCCGGGCAUGCUCACUGAGUACCGCAUCACCGUGCAGCUGCUGUCACCCGACUGCCACUCUGACACACCCCUAGCUGAGGCCACACCCCUGCCAGAGCCGACCGCUGCCCUGGCUCCAGGCUGCGUCCAUCAGGAUGUGUUGGUGUCAGUGAAUGGUUCUGAUGGUGGUGAGGGCAACAGGAGCAUCACUCUACAGUCUCUGGCCAAGUACCGCCUCUACCGCUUCAGAAUCACAGCCCUUACGAAUGCUGGGCCAGGGGAACACACACCCUGGAAAUACACACACACACUGGCUGGGAACCCUGAUGCCCCUCCCAGUGACCUGUCAGUGACCAUGUCCUCCAACAGCCUCCGUAUUCAAUGGCAACUCCCAGAUGUGAUCACCGGCCCCACCUCCUACCUCAUAGACGUCCUCUCUCUGGAUAGCGAGGGGUUAAACCAGUCUGUGGUACGCAGUCCAGAGGAGCUGAGGAUUGUAGUUGUGUCAAACCUGACUGCGUUCACUCGCUACUCUGUGACCGUGACCGCCUUCACUGGAUCACUGGAGAACGCACGGCGGGACGGACAGGCCACUGAGCCCACUGUCAUCAGAACAAUGGAGGAAGAGCCCAGGGAUCCUCCUAAGAACGUGACCCUGCAGGUGAUUCCGGAGGAAGUGACCCGUGUGUUUGUGACCUUUGCCCCCCCUGAGGAACCCAAUGGGAACAUAAGUUCCUACACAGUGCUUGUCUACCGCCAGGGCCAGCUAGAGAUGACCAUUAACCACCUCAAUGUGGUCAAAAAUAAGAACCGCACUCUGACCGCAGUCAUCGACGGGCUGAAGGGAGGCUACAACUAUAGUAUACGGAUUGCAGCAGUAAACGGAGCAGGUUUAAGCCCCCCCAGCUCAGAGGUUCGGAUCACUACUGGAAUCAUAGCUCCUGCCAAGCCCACCCAGAGACCCCAGGCUGUGCUGGACCGAGGAGGAGUUGCCAUGGUAACCUCCAGGAGCAUCAUUGUUCGCAUGCCAGCCUGUUUCUACAGUGAUGACAACGGACCAAUUAGUAGCAUCCAGAUCAUCGUGGCAGAAUCUGGGGUGAUGGACAGCAGGAACCUAACCAACUGGAAGAUCGCAUUCCUCUCUCGUCCCGCCCCCUACCUGACUGACAAUGGCUUCCCCAACCCACUCUGUGUGAGGGACGGCGAAAGCAGGGACACACACACACAAACCAGCAGACACAACAACUCACAGAUUAGACACAGAAUUGUGAGGGACAGGGUGCUGGACCGUAGAGACCACCAGGAAGACCACUAUGUUAUCGGAGAGGAGGGCAACUGUCUGACGGAGGAGUACAGUAACACACUCUGUAACGGACCCCUCAAACCAAACACUGUCUACGUGUUUAAGUUCCGAGCCACCAACAUCCGAGGCCAGUACACAGACUCUGACUACUCUGAGCAUAUCAGAACCACAGUGGAUGGGUUGUUGACCAGAGAUGAACAGAUCAUUCUGGGAGUUCUCCUCUCCUUCUUCCUGGCCGUGCUACUCAUCAUCAUCAUCUAUGCCUCUGUCAGGAUCCGUCAGCGUCAGAAGGAGGGAGGGACCUAUUCUCCCCGGGAGGCGGAGAUUAUAGAGACCAAGUUUAAACUGGAUCAGAUGAUCGCUGUGGCCGACCUGGAGCUGAAGGAAGAGAAGCUACACCGGUAUUCCUCCUUCUUCUUUAGACGGAAGGAGAUAUUUGUCAUCCAACUUCUCAGCUACAGAAAGUCUCUCAAGCCCGUCAAUAAGAAGUCUUUUCUGCAGCAUGUAGAGGAUCUGUGUGCCAACGAGAACGCCAAGUUCCAGGAAGAGUUCGCAGAGCUACCCAAACUGCUGCACGACCUGGCUACAUCAGAUGCUGACCUUCCCUGGAACAGAUCCACGAACCGCUUCACUAACAUCAAACCCUACAACAACAACCGUGUUAAGCUGCUGUCUGAACCUGGCUUGCCUGGAUCUGACUACAUCAACGCUAGCUUCAUCUCAGGCUAUCUGUGUCCCAGUGAGUUCAUAGCGACCCAGGGUCCUCUCCCCGGUACUGUGGCUGACUUCUGGAGGAUGAUCUGGGAGACUCGCACACAAACCAUUGCUAUGCUCACACAGUGCUAUGAGAAAGGAAGGAUCCGGUGUCACCAGUACUGGCCAGAAGAUAAUAAGCCGGUGACAGUAUUUGGGGACAUCAUCAUCACCAAGUUGACAGAGGACGUCUAUCCUGACUGGACCGUCCGAGCUCUCAAAGUGGAGAGGCAUGGGGACUACAUGGUGGUUCACCACUUCAACUACACCUCCUGGCCAGAGCAUGGUGUACCCGAGUCCAGCACCACACUCAUACAGUUUGUUCGAGCCAUCAGAGCCAACAGGCAUGAGAACACCACUAUAGUGGUGCACUGCAGUGCUGGUGUGGGCAGGACAGGAGUGUUUAUAGCGCUGGAUCACCUGAUCCAACACGUUAGUGAUCACGACUUUGUGGACAUCUACGGUCUGGUGGCUGAACUCCGCAGUGAGAGGAUGUGUAUGGUGCAGAACCUGGCCCAGUAUAUGUUCUUACACCAAAGUACUCUGGACCUGCUGAACAGUAAAGGAAACAGCCAGUCCAUCUGGUUUGUUAACUACUCUGCUCUGGAGAAGAUGGACUCACUGGACGCUAUGGAGGGUGAUGUUGAACUGGAAUGGGAGGAGACUACGAUGUAAAGGCUGAGAACCUCUCAGUCAACUUCACACCUGAUAAACACACCUAUUCCUGAGUCAUGGGGCCAAAUCCUGGACAUACUGACUGUUUGUCAGAUGGAUUGGUCAACCAGAGAUAGAGGGAGAGAAAGAGGGAGGGAGGGAGGGAGAGAGGAAGGAGAGAAGUUGCCCUUUUCUGGCAGGAGAGUCAAAACCACCCAACAGAACCUGGUGGUUCCCUGGCCUGAAUCAACACAGCAUUGCAAUCCUCUUGGAGCCCUGCAUCUUUUCUAUGUCCUCAGGCAGAACAGAAAGAGUGGGAGAUACAUGUGUAUAUAUAUAGUAGGGCUGUCAGAGUUAACCAGUUAACUCAAGUUCACUUUUUGUCAUUUUAGUGCACACAUUUUUUUGUUAACGCGUUUAAUCACGUCUGAAAGUGUUGAAAAUAGAAUGAAAACAUCCAAAAUACAUCAUGCAUACAGCUAAAAACCACAAUGCGAUGUCCAAACAAGUUGACAUUGAGGUUAAAGAACGUGUGUUUUAUCAAUUGACCUGAUUUUAAUUAUUGUUACUUUGGACAAAAUCAAGACGUCAAUAUUUUUGUAAUGCUUUUUGUAUGAAUAAUCUUAAAUUACAGCCCAAUUUUAGCAAUGCCGAUUAAUCACAGCAAAUCCUGUGAUUAACACGAUUACAUUUUUUUUCUUAAUUUGACAGCCCUAAUAUAUAGGCUAUAUAUAUCACACAUGUAAGUAUACAGGUAUCUUGCACUAGUCAUACCACUGUGUAUUUUAUUAUAUUCUUGUACCAUGUUUUUGUACAUUUAAGUUGUUCAGCCAAAUAAGUGUUGUCACUGUGUUCAUCUGUUUGUGUCACUGUGUUACUAUGUUACUAUCAUCGUGUUACUAUCAUCGUGUUUGGGGGAUAAUAUAUUUGUGGGGUGUUAUGGUUUAUUUCAUGUGAUUUCUCUGAGUGUUCUACAUCUGUGUUUUGGACAAGUAAAAUCAACUCCUCUACUCACC